AUGCCGGAAAAGAAAGAAACCCCUAUCCGAAAACCCACCAAAUUCGUGCGAUUCGCAGAGAGUCCUGUGCCUUCAACAGGAGUCAUGGACCAACCCCGUUCUAGAGCCUCGGGUCAGACCCCAGCUCUUCGCCCAACCGGUCAAGGCGAUCCCUUCGAGGACUUCAGCGAGAUAUGUACUUUGAAAGACAUUGACCCUUCCAUAUUCACAAUGGCCGAGUUCAAUGGAACUACAGGUAUGUACACUGAUCCAAAGAACGAGAAGCUUUUGGAUGUAUCUAAAUACAUCUCAACGGCAGCAGGCUAUGUAUACACAACGUACAAACUCAACAGCAGCGGAUUCCAAGCCGAAAUUGAGAAGAAGAAAUCCGAGAAGGAAGACAUCAAGAUCGAUUUUGAAGACCUCUGGCUAGAUCUUCAGUUCUUUUGGGACCUAUUCCUUCGAAUGCAGCCGAACUGCAUCACUUCAAAGAAGGAGUACACGAAGCAGGCUGUGGAUUUCCUCUUGGAUCUCUCUGUCGCUAUACUACUGCCUGAUGUACGACCCGAGUGGGAUGUUUCUGCUGCGAGAAUGCAGAUCCAAUGUUUCCGUCGCCGUCUUCGUCGACUGCAACUACUUCUGCGGACUGACAUGAACAAGUGCAAAACUUCUCCUGUCAUGCUUUGCGGAUGCGUGGUCGGCGUCAAGCGCCCCAAGCACAAGGAGGGCCUCUGGACACCGCUCUUUGGAAACAGCGUUUCGAGCCCGCAUGACGGAGCAGACGACAGAGCUUUCAGAGUCCGCGAUAUAGCAGGAAUGCUCAAACUCGACGACUAUCUCGCACACGUCUGGUAUGAGUUCCAGAGUCGUCCUGGUCCUGAAAAGGACGAUAGUGUCAAAGUCAUUAGAACGGCUCUUGGCUCAACGGACAAGGAGAUUAAGCAGUAUAUCCCAAAGAAAGAGUAUAAGCACCCCGAAGAUGUCAAGGCCGAGUGGGUAAAUGCUCUGCUUCACCCGAGCUUCCGCGCUGCUGUAGUUCGAGAGGUCAACGUCGUUGUCGGCGAAGCUAUGUCUUUCCAUGACAAGUAUGGCCAGUCUGCCCAUCGAUGGGACUGCGACAAGUAG